GCCUCCACACCCUCAGUAACCUGCAUCUGCCCGGCCGAAAGGACACUGGCACCAUGAUCAAGCUUAAGGGCAGGAGGCGGCAAAGCCUUUUUCCCAACUACAAACUUGGGGUCACGGUUUCUGCUCCAAAGGAUCCAGAAGACUCAGAGCUUCCAUUUGGCCAACACAACUGGGUAAAGCAAUGGAAUUCAAUGCAGGAACUCAGUCGGGACAUUUAUGACAUCUAUGCAGAGUAUGAAGACGAUGAUGGGGAUAAGCUCUUCUAUACCCCUAGUAAGCUGAAUCCAACUAAGAAUCACAUGCUCAACAUCAAUGUGGGUGGCAAGGUCUACCAGAUCUCUUACAGGGUAGCGGCAAAAUAUCCUAAGACCAGAAUCGGCCGUCUUGCUACGUACACGGACCACAGUAGGAAACUUGACCUCUGUGAUGAUUAUACAGUCCAGAAUAAUGAGUUUUUCUUUGACAGGGACCCAGACAUCUUCCACAACAUCUUCAACUUCUACAGGACUGGUGUUCUCUGGAUAAAAGAUGAACUGUGUCCACGAAAUUUCUUGGAAGAGAUCAACUACUGGGGUGUUCGGAUCAAGAACACCCAUCGGUGCUGCCGUAUUUCAUUUGAGGAACGGCAAGAUGAACUCAACGAGCAGCUGAAGGUGCAAAGAGAACUGGAGGCAGAAGUGGAAACUGAGGAACAUGAAGAUCUUUUCCAAGACAUGGCUUUUGGUCACACAAGAUUCCUCAUUUGGAACAUGAUGGAGAAGCCUUUCUCAUCCAUCACAGCCAAACUCAUGGCAUUAGCAUCCAGUUGCUUUGUGCUGGUAUCGCUUGUGGCUAUGACUCUCAAUACAGUAGAGGAAAUGCAGUAUACGACUACAAAUGGCCAGUUGAGUGGAAAGACCUACUGUGAGUAUGUAGAGACUUUCUGCAUUGCGUUUUUUACUAUGGAGUAUCUGCUCCGGCUUGUGUCCACACCUGACCUCAAACAGUUUGUAAGGAGCAUACUUAAUGGAGUGGACUUGAUUGCAAUCCUUCCAUUAUUCCUUCAGAUGACCCUAGAGUGUUUUGAGAAUGAAGACUAUGGGAAACUUGGUAGUGAUAUUGAGACUGUAGGGAGGGUGGGUAAAUUGGGGCAGGUUCUACGCAUCAUGCGUCUCAUGAGGAUUUUUCGGAUCCUGAAGCUAGCGCGUCACUCAACUGGACUCCGAGCCUUUGGUUUUACACUUCGCCAAUGUUACCAGCAAGUGGGCUGCCUUUUCCUCUUCAUUGCAAUGGGAAUUUUCACCUUCUCUGCCAUGGUGUAUACCGUAGAGCAUGAUGUGCAUCAAACAAACUUCACCAGCAUUCCACACGCAUGGUGGUGGGCAGCUGUAAGCAUCUCCACUGUGGGCUAUGGCGACAUGUUUCCAGAGACUCCUCUAGGCAGGAUUUUCGCAUUCGCCUGCAUCUCAUUUGGAAUUAUUCUUAAUGGCAUGCCAAUCUCCAUUCUGUUCAAUAAAUUCUCAGACUACUAUGCAAAGCUAAAAGCCUAUGAAUACACCUCCAAUAUCAAGAAUCGUGGAAAAGUGAGGUUUGUUAAAAGGGCUGCCAAGACAUUUGCAGAAUGCUUUUAGGGUACCAUGCGGUAAUCUACUAUUAGUAUCCUUCCAUGGACUGAUGCACUGUACUCCCAUACAGUAAUGUACUGCAAUGUGUAGGUAUGUGUUCAAAUGUAAUAUUUUCAUACUGAGAAUAUUUUUGAAACAGACAUAAGCUUGUGGUUUUAAGAUGAAUCAAUGCAUUUAAGACAGCACUAACAGAUAUGUAACUCUAAAAACCUGCCUUUGUAGUGAACCUCUUUUGGGUUUUUAGAAAUGCCCGGCUUAAUACAUACUCUUCUGGGUACAAUAAUUUGAGUGUUAACAUAUGACUUGAUGCUCCAAAGACAUUCUUUGAUGUUCACUGUUUUAUAGCAUGGAAAUAAUGGAAAUCAGCAAGGAAACUGAGAUGUAACAUCUGUUUUUUGGUUGACCCAAUGUCACAAUGCCCCAAGUGUUAGUUACAUAUUGACUUCUAAGACUUGCACUGAAUAGUGAUCAGUCUCCUUUUCCUGUGAAAGUACUGUGAAAAAUAAAAUACUGAUUCUUGG